AUUACAAGGAUCUCGUUCUCUUAACUUAAAUCCCCAUUCCACUCGCUAUAGACAAGUCACACUAUCCUCCACUUCUCUGACCCUCUCCCUUUCUCUCUCUCUUCUCUCAUAAAAACCUGAAGGAGCAACCAAAUCUACUACUGUGUAAUGUGAUGGCGGUAUCUCUAGCCACACCCAUCUCUGUUCUCUUCUUCUUCUUCAUUUUCAUCUCAGUCUCGGGUUCAGAGAGCCAAAAGAAGACCUUCAUUGUCCGUGUCCAACUAGAAGCCAAGCCCUCUAUCUUCCCCACCCACAAGCACUGGUAUGAGUCUUCUCUCAAGUCCAUCUCUUCUCUCUCCUCACAAGCUCAAAUUCCCUCAGGUUCUUCCGACACCCAAAUCAUCCAUACCUACGAGACCAUCUUCCACGGCUUUUCUGCAAAGCUCUCACCCUCAGAAGCCCAGAAGCUUCAAAGCUUAGAUGGGGUGCUUGCAGUCAUACCGGAGCAGGUCCGUCAACUGCACACCACAAGGUCGCCUCAGUUUCUUGGCUUGAAGACCAAAGACAGUUCUGGGUUGCUUAAAGAAUCCGAUUUUGGGUCGGAUCUGGUCAUUGGAGUCAUUGACACGGGGAUCUGGCCGGAGCGAGAGAGCUUCGGCGACCGGAAUCUUGGGCCAGUACCCGACAAGUGGAAGGGACAGUGUGUAACCACUAAGGACUUCCCGGCCAAGUCCUGUAAUCGGAAACUGAUCGGGGCCAGGUUCUUCUGUGGUGGGUACGAGGCCACGAAUGGAAAGAUGAACGAGUCAUCCGAGUACCGGUCACCGAGGGACUCAGACGGACACGGCACGCAUACGGCUUCUAUAGCUGCUGGGCGGUAUGUGUUCCCCGCUUCGACACUCGGGUACGCGCGUGGGGUUGCAGCUGGCAUGGCGCCCAAGGCGAGGCUUGCGGCCUAUAAGGUGUGUUGGAACGCUGGGUGUUAUGACUCGGACAUUCUGGCUGCAUUCGACACGGCCGUGUCCGAUGGGGUCGACGUGGUGUCGCUCAGUGUCGGCGGUGUCGUGGUGCCGUAUUACCUUGAUGCCAUUGCUAUUGGAGCAUUUGGUGCUUCCGAUCAUGGGGUCUUUGUGUCCGCUUCGGCCGGGAACGGUGGGCCGGGUGGGCUUUCUGUCACCAAUGUCGCUCCGUGGGUCACGACCGUGGGGGCGGGCACGAUGGAUAGGGAUUUUCCGGCUGAUGUGAAGCUCGGGAAUGGUCGAAUUAUCCCCGGCGUGAGCAUCUACGGUGGGCCGGGUUUGGCGUCAGGUCGGCUUUAUCCAGUGAUUUACGCCGGCAGCGAAGGGGGUGAUGGGUACUCGUCGUCUUUGUGCUUAGAAGGUUCGUUGGAUCCGAAUUUCGUUGAAGGAAAGAUAGUUUUAUGCGACAGAGGGAUAAAUUCAAGAGCAGCUAAAGGGGAGGUUGUGAGAAAGGCGGGUGGGAUUGGAAUGAUAUUGGCUAAUGGGGUAUUUGACGGUGAAGGGUUGGUGGCGGAUUGCCAUGUAUUACCGGCGACUGCUGUCGGAGCAUCGGGUGGGGAUGAGAUACGUAAGUACAUAAGUGCAGCUUCGAAGAGUCAUUCGCCGCCGACAGCCACCAUCGUGUUCCGAGGAACCCGGCUCGGGGUGCGUCCUGCACCGGUGGUGGCCUCAUUCUCAGCAAGAGGGCCAAACCCGGAAUCGCCGGACAUAUUGAAGCCGGAUGUGAUUGCUCCGGGUUUGAACAUACUAGCGGCCUGGCCGGACGGAGUGGGACCAUCCGGGUUGGCAUCGGAUAAGCGGCGUACGGAGUUCAAUAUAUUGUCGGGGACCUCCAUGGCCUGCCCUCAUGUAUCAGGAUUAGCAGCACUGUUGAAGGCUGCACAUCCAGAGUGGAGCCCAGCGGCAAUACGGUCGGCAUUGAUGACAAGCGCAUAUACAGUGGACAACCGAGGUGAAGUAAUGGUGGAUGAAUCCACGGGUAACUUCUCAACUGUAAUGGAUUUCGGGGCGGGGCAUGUGGAUCCACAGAAGGCGAUGGAACCCGGGUUGGUAUAUGACCUGACGUCCUAUGACUAUGUAAACUUUCUAUGCAAUUCCAAUUACACAGAGAAGAACAUCCGAGCCAUAACAAGGAGGAAUUCGGAUUGCAAUGGAGCGCGAAGGGCAGGGCAUGUGGGGAAUCUGAAUUACCCGUCAAUGUCAGCGGUUUUCCAGCAGUACGGAGAGAAGAGGAUGUCCACCCAUUUUAUCCGAACAGUAACCAAUGUGGGGGAUCCGAAAUCGGUUUACGAAGCGAAGGUGAAAGAGCCGAAUGGGGCGAAGGUGACGGUGCAGCCAGAGAAGCUAGUGUUUAGGAGGAUAGGGCAGAAGCUGAGCUUCAUGGUGAGAGUGGAGGUGAGGGCUGUGAAACUCUCCCCUGGGGCCUCCACCGUCACCAGCGGCUCAUUGACAUGGGAAGAUGGAAAGCAUCAAGUAAGAAGCCCCAUAGUGGUCACGAUGCAGCAGCCUCUGUGACCCAAUGUGCAGAUCAGAGGUAGCAGCAGAGACCAGAGAGCUUUAAUUUGGGAUGGAUUGGGAUUUGGGAAGGGUGUUUAUUAAUUAGUAGCGACUAGCAACUAUAUAUAUAUAUAAUAUAGCAAGUGUUGUGCUAUAUAAUUAAAAUACUAUUGAUCAUGUCAAGUUUACUACUACACAUGCAGUAAACCUAUGAAAUAUGAAUAUGAGAGAGAGAGAGAGAGAGUUGAGUUGAGUUGUGACUUGUGAGUGAGAAAUGGUAAUAGGAGGACGCUCGCCCUUUCUGUGUUUGUCUUGGAAAGUUGGAAAGGGGUUGCAGCUGCUUAAUUUUGCACUGUGUACAGUACUAAAGGAAGAACAUGGUUUAACUUUGAUAUUUUGCGAGGCCAAAGAAAUUAAUGUUUCUCCUUUCUAGUAGUUCUACC